AUGAAGAGGGAACUUUCUCACAACAUGAUGACUUGUGCCACCACGAUGCAGUCAGUGAAAUCAGCUGGAUUGUCUCUGCUUCUGAUGUCUUUUCUUCUUUACGUAGCUGAUUCUUACCCCAGCAUGGACUCACCAAACAUGGCCUGUCCAGAGUGCGCACUGAAAAGGAACAACUAUUUUCCUGGCGACCGCCCGAUCUACCAGUGCGUGGGCUGCUGCUUCUCCAGAGCUUACCCGACACCUCUCUGGUCCUUGAAGACCAUGAGGAUCCCAAAGAACAUCACCUCCGAGUCAACAUGCUGUGUUGCGAGUCGCAGCUACGAGUCAGACAUGGUUAAUAUAAAACUAUUCAACCAUACAGAGUGUCACUGCAGCACCUGCCACCAUAACAAGAUAUGA